AUGGCUACAUUUUAUACCUGCAUGAGAUGUAGCAAUGAAGGAGUACGCAUAUGUACUGGUUGUAACGGUCACUUUUGCCAGCGUGAUUUCUUGAUCCAUCGGCAAAUUUUGGCUAAAGAGUUCGAAAAUAUUAAAUUACAAGGAAAUAAACUUAUUGAACAAAUCACCAAGUUAAAUCAACCAAAUAAAGUUCAGCAAUCUCUAGUGUCCGAAAUACAAAAGUGGCAUGACACUACAGUCGACAGAACUCGUCGGGCAGCUAUUAAAGUGCGCGAUGAAGUUAAUACAAUGAUACAGCAAAACAUAGUCAACAUUAAGAAAGGACUUACCGAACUGGACCAAGAACUUAUCGAAAGCUUUGGUUCAGAUAGAAUUAUGGAAGAAAAUAUAGAACAACUACGUGAAAAAAUUCGCCGCCUUCGAAGUGAUUUCGAAAAAUCAUGCGAUCCAGCAUCCAUUGUAGUCAAUGUAGAGCCAAGCACGCGUAUCGAUUGGAAUCAUGUGAUUCAUGUUGAAGAUAAAUCCAGUGGCCGUAAGGUUGACGUAUCUUGCUUGUCAGCCAAUAUUAAUUGCCCAUGGAAAGGGCCACAAUAUCAAUUAGGAACUCAUCUGACCACGUGUGCAUUUGAACCGUUACGAUUGAAAAUGGACGAAAUCAAAGUUGCAAAUAAAGAACUUAUGGACAAAAAUGAUCAGUGCCAUGAAACAAUCAAUCACGAGCAAGCGAAAAUUGUAAAAUUGAAGAAAAAGUUAGAAAAACGUAAAAAUCAAGUAAAAGCACUUAAAAGUCAAAUUCAAUCACAGAAUAAUCAAAUAAAAACACUUCAAAAUCAAAUUCGAGAAGAACAAAAUAAAACAAAACCACUUCAAAGUCAAAUUGGGGCACAAAAUAUUCGCAUUAAAUCGCAAGAAAACCAAAUUAAAAUGUUUCAGGAUCAAAUUGGAAAAGAACAAAAUACAACAAAACCACCACACAGUCAAGUUGUGAUGCAGAAUGAUCGAAUCGAAACACCGAAUAAUCAAAUUAAAGAAAAGGAAAAGGAAAAGGAAAAAGAAAAAGAAAAUGUACCUCCAACACAGAAAAUUAGUACUCCAUCAGGCUUGCAAUAUGUACCACCUGAAUUUCUUAGCGGAAAACAAGAUAUUGAUUCCAUGCAUGCUUUAGAUUCAGGCUACUCCAAAGAUAUGGCCCAUGUUUAUUAUAUGGGUAAAACAGUCGAUGGUGCGUUAACCAUGUCAUUCAAAUCAAUCGGCGGUGGCUAUGGCAAAGAUGCUAUGAAUGUGUAUUAUAUGGGUAAACAAAUCCAAGGUGCAAUAACUGUAUCAUUCGAAUCACUUGGAGGCGGCUAUGCUCGAGAUACAUCUAGUGUUUAUUAUCUGGACAGUAAGGUUGACGGCGCAAAUCCUUGGGCAUUUCAAUCUAUAGGUGGCGGCUAUGGUAAAGAUGCGUCUCAGUUUUAUUACAUGGGUAAACCGACUAAUGGCGUAAAUCCUUGGCUAUUUCAAUCCCUCGAAGGCUCCUAUGGCAAGAAUACACCUGUGUUUUUUUAA